CACGUUCGGUCGCUCCCGCGGGGAAGAGCCGGGCCGCGAGCCUGGGCGGGGCAGGCGGGUGCCGCGCGUGCGCAGAGGUGUGGUCGGGAAGGUGUUCUGAGGCUGGUGUUGGAGGCACGGCGCCCGGGAGGUGAGGAAAAAAGAAAAGUGGAAAUGUGGAAGCCAUAAAAUGUAAAACACAGGAGCUGUCAGCAGCCAUGUGUCCUGCCAUGUGGAACCAGCUGGUCUGCAAUGAAAAAGAAUGAAGCCAACAUGCAGAAAGCAGCAGAGAACCAUGUGUACCCAGUACUGCAUCUCCUUUGCUGAUGUUGAAAAAGCUCAUAUCAACAUUCGAGAUUUUAUCCACCUCACACCAGUGCUAACAAGCUCCAUUUUGAAUCAAGUAACAGGGCGCAAUCUUUUCUUCAAAUGUGAACUCUUUCAGAAAACUGGAUCUUUUAAGAUUCGUGGUGCCCUUAAUGCAAUCAGAUGCUUGGCUUCUGCCACUUCAGAAAAGAAGCCUAAAGCUGUUGUUACUCACAGCAGUGGAAACCAUGGCCAGGCUCUCUCCUAUGCUGCAAAAUUGGAAGGGAUUCCUGCUUAUAUUGUAGUGCCUGAAACAGCUCCCAACUGUAAAAAAUUGGCAAUACAAGCCUAUGGAGCCUCUAUAGUGUACAGUGAGCCGAGUGAUGAGUCCAGAGAAAAUGUUACAAAAAGAAUUAUGGAAGAAACAGAAGGAAUCAUGGUACAUCCUAACCAGGAGCCUGCAGUGAUAGCUGGGCAAGGGACAAUUGCCAUGGAAGUGCUGAACCAGGUUCCCUUGGUAGAUGCAGUGGUGGUACCUGUCGGAGGAGGAGGAAUGGUUGCUGGAAUAGCAAUUACAGUUAAGGCUCUAAGACCUAAUGUGAAGGUAUAUGCUGCUGAACCCUUGAAUGCAGAUGACUGCUACCAGUCCAAACUGAAAGGGGAGUUGACCCCCAAUCCCUAUCCUCCAGAAACCAUAGCAGAUGGUGUCAAAUCGAGCAUUGGCUUAAACACCUGGCCUAUUAUAAAGGACCUCGUGGAUGACGUCUUCACCGUUACGGAGGAUGAAAUUAAGUAUGCAACCCAGCUGGUGUGGGAGAGGAUGAAAUUGCUUAUUGAACCUACAGCUGGUGUUGGAGUGGCUGCUGUGCUGUCUCAGCGUUUUCAAACAAUUUCCCCAGAAGUAAAGAAUAUUUGUAUUGUGCUCAGUGGUGGAAACGUAGAUUUAACCUCCCUAACUUGGGUGAAGCAGGCUGACAGGCCAGUUCCUUAUAAGUUUGUUUCUGUUUAAUUUGUGCAAAAGGAAGAGAAGGGAUUCAGUGUCUAGAUACUUGAAAUUUUUCUUUCCUGGUCACCAUCAACUUCCCAUCUUCCCCUUUCACACAACUUUCAAAAUCGUAAUGGAGAACGGAUAUUUCAAUAAGAUUUUAAUAGUUUUUUUGGACUGAGUAGCAAUAGAAAAAAAUCCAUACUUAACUAAGACAACUUGUCAUGGCCAAGAAAAGCCUUCUGUAAAAAGGAGCAGGAGACCUCUAGGCCAAAGUAGAAAACAGACUGCCCAAUCACAGCCUACAGGCUCUCAUCCCUAAAGUGCUAACUACUAGCAAUGAGACUGAAUCCAUUAUUCCAUGUCUACUUCAGGCACUGUUGAAGAAAUCUCAUCUUUCACCCAAGGUACCGGUUCUGGUACAUAUGGAUCAUAAGUCCAUUUGGGGAAAACUCGUUUAUAGAGGUUCAUCAGUACUGUGUCCUGAGAUUUUAACUUUCCAUCAAAACUGCACUUCAUGUGGCCAUGAGUACCUAGAAAGAAAAUAGAGCAAGUUGGUCAAAUUAAAAUAGAAAUUUUUAAGGCAGUGGUCUUCUAACCCAAUAGUCAUUUAGUAGCAUUGGGGAAAUCUAGACAAGGUCUCAAAUCCCAAUUCUCUUACCUAAAGGCUCCUUUAUGUGUCCCCUGCGGCCCCACUUUGUUCUCAAUUCCACUGGUUUAAACCACAGCACAUCCUCUUAGAAUGAAACACACAGAGGACCAAGAUGAAACACUUACCCACAAGAUAUAAACCCAAACCUUCCUUCACCCCACAAAGGCAAUCGGAUCCCAUCCUUCACACCUACCUCUGUUGAAGAACAUGUAACGCACUACAGCCAUCUUAGUAAAAAUUUUGAAAGGAUGGCCACUCAGAACAACUCUCUUGAUGACCAUUCUGUCUGGGUCCACUGACAAUAGAUGGCCUGUGGCAAUGAGGCUGUGCAUUCCUAAGGGGGAAAGGCAGAGAAGCAGGAGUCUGUAGGUCAAAGCCUUCAUUUAUUGUCCAGUCUAUUUAAAGACCUAUGCAAGAUUUUAGGGAAACCUGAAAGUAGGGAUAUACUAUGUUGCCCUCCUGGGUCCAUGGCAAAGAUCACUAAAUGAUAUUCCAGCUGAACUUGUUCCCAGGACCUACCCUAAAUGUAGCACUCUGAGCACCCUCUAACAAUUAGCUAAGGUUUGCAAGCAAGAUAAAACCCCAUUUGUCAUCCCUGCCUUAAAACCACUGUGAGGCUGAGAUUGAGAUAUUUUGAAAACCAUCAUUACCUUUUUUUGUACCGUUUGGUUCUCAAACUCAACACAGAAACAGUUAAACUUAUUAAGGACCUGCAGUCCUGUUCACCUCUGUGAAUUCAACUUACCAUUGCUGUUCUGUUUGAAAAGCAGCACAGAUGCAGGAGGAAAAGUGAUUGGGGCAUAGACUGUCACCACAAGGGCCAUGUCAGCAAUAAGGAAUCUCUGAAAUUUAUGUUUAUCCGCUGCCAUAAUAAAGGUUAAAAAAGAAAAACCAAAAAAUAUUUUGAGAAACCAUAGGCAAUCCAGAGGCCUCUCAGAAGCUGCACCACUACAACUCUUAAACCUAAUGCAACUAGUAGUGUUUCUCCAAAUAUUUUAUGGCCUCAAUACAACUGAAAGAUACAACCCAAAUGUAUCAGAGUGAUUUUUCAACUGGAGGCAAAAUCUUAGAGCCUGAACCAUAUUCGGGGUUUGAUAAAGUUCUCCAGGUGGUUCUGAUACCCAUCACCCAUACCUCAUUUGAGAAUCAGUGCUUUCCAGAAAAGCACUGCACUAAAUCAACAGCUCUUAGUCUUCAGCAAACAUUUUCUAUAAAGGAUCUGCUAGUAAAUAUUUUAGGCUUUGUGGCCAGUCUCUGUCUCAACUACUCAACUCUGUCACUAGCAUAAAAACAGUCACAGACAAUACAUUUUUUAAAAAUUCAAUUAAAAAGCACAACUGUGUUCCAAUAAAACUAUUUAACAAAGCAAGCAGUGGGACAGAUUUGGCCCAAGGCCGUACUUUACCAACCUCUGACCUUGAAAACUGUCUAGAUCUUGUCUUUACCUCUCCCCUUUUGAAGUUAUAGAAAAAUAAAAUAUUUUAAGAGAAAGA